AACUUGACAAAGAACUCACAACUCCUUGUAUACAUUUUACUCUCCUUACAAACCUAAAAUAAAAGCACUCAAAACAAAAAUUGAACAAUCAACCCAUUCCUACUCUCCCUCUCCACGAUGCCCAUCACUUCAUUUUCUCUGUUUCGCAACCGAGCACCCGCCAUAAGCACCAGUUUCCUCCGUCACUUAUCGCCCAACGCAAUUCGCCACCUCGCUGUCUUUGCUGCCAAACAAAACGUAUCCAAGAAACCCCAACCGAACAAGAAUCUCCUUAAAGCCAAACACACCUUCAAAGACUACUCCUCCCUCACCCACGUCCUUUCGCCUAAUGAAACCCCUUCCCUCUCCGAAUCGCAAGCAAUCGGCACCGUCGCCGCCGCCCAAGCCAACUUCAUGCGCGUCAUCGUCCAACGGGAACAAGAACCUUCUAACAACUCCGGUAAAGAGGAUUCCAGCACUAAAAUCGGGUUGGAGUUACUCUGUGUGGUGAAGGAGGUUUUAAAGAAAAUAAAGAGGAGGGUUCUGGUAGGGGACAAGGUCGUGGUGGGAACUAUUGAUUGGGUGGCCCGCCGUGGCGUGAUCGAGAAUGUGUUUCAACGGACCUCCGAGAUCUUGGACCCACCAGUCGCCAAUGUCGAUCAUUUGCUCGUGCUUUUCUCGAUGGAACAGCCCAUGAUCGAGCCCUUUAUGCUUACAAGAUUCUUAGUGGAAGCUGAGUCCACUGGAAUUCCCCUCACGCUUGCUUUGAACAAAUUGGAACUCGUUGAUGAAGAGGCACUUGUUGCAUGGAAGAAUAGGUUGCAAAGCUGGGGUUAUGAACCGCUUUUUUGCAGCGUUGAGACCAAACAUGGCCUUGAUUCUCUUGCGUUUUACUUGCGGGAUCAAACAACUGUCAUCGUGGGUCCAAGUGGGGUUGGGAAAUCAAGCCUUAUUAAUGUUCUGAGAAGUUAUCUCCGUGCUUCUGAUGCCCUUGAAGGAGAUAAUUGGUUUGAUCCUAUUUUGGGCAGCAAGUGGUUUGAAGAUCAGAGGGUUGGGGAGGUUUCAACAAGAAGUGGCAGAGGAAAACAUACUACUAGACAUGUUUCUUUGCUUCCAUUAUCAGGAGGAGGCUAUCUCGCUGAUACUCCUGGGUUUAACCAACCUAGUUUGAUGAAAGUGACAAAGCAGUCUCUUGCCCAAGCUUUUCCUGAGGUCUUUUGCCUGCUGACUAUACAGAAAAUGCUAAAAGACAGUGAACCCGCAAAAUGCUCAUUCAAUGAUUGCUUACAUCUCGGUGAACCAGGGUGCAUUGUGAAAAGUGAUUGGGAAAGGUAUUCGUACUAUUUUCAACUUCUUGAUGAGAUCAGAAUCAGAGAAGAAUUUCAGUUGAGGACAUUUGGUACCAAGAGAGAGGGUGAUGUUAGAUACAAGGUGGGAGAUAUGGGCGUUAAGCAAGCUGAACCUCGACUGGAACCAAAGAAAUAUAGGAGACAAUCACGGAAACGGAUUAACCAGUCAAUAUUAGAAGAAUUAGAUGAACUUGAUGAUGACGAUAGCUUAGACUUGGAAAAUGACCCAAUUGUAAGAGCAAUAAAGAAUGAAAACCAAUAGGAAAUUCACUGGCCUUGGACUGUACAGUGUAAAUAAUAUGGUUGAUCCUUUUUGUAGAUAGAAUGUGAAACUUGAUGUGCCAGGUUCCUACUACUAUCUGAUGCUAAUAAGAUUGUCAAGUCCUUUUUGGUAUAAAACCAUGUAUGACAGCAUCCUCAAGGUUUUACUCGGCUGCUAGAAUGCAUGUUAUUCA